GAAAACGCCAAGUGAGAGAGCAUUUCUUCUACAGAAAACAACGCCAUUCAUUUCGCUGUCAAACGAUUCCGCCGCUCAUGCCGGGAUUCCGGUAACGCAUCCAAUUCUCCCGCACCACUUUACGCUACACACAAACUGAUUUCUCGGCGACUUAGGUUACAUGAGAAGACAACACAACAUCAUCAACAACAUCAAAAAGAACUUCCCAACCUCAUCAGAAGAAGAUCAUCAUCAUCCAUGCCUUCCACACCAAAUGCCUCCUUCCCUAGGCGCCGUCACCCGACAAUUUCUCUUCGAGGCUCUUCUCAGGAAGGACAGGUGGAGCUGCAAGAGACGGUGAGGUUAAAGGCUAAGAGGGAUAGAGAUUCGUUCAAGAGGAGGAGAGCGUGUAACUCUCACCGCACCGAAAAUGAGAGUGUGGGAAAUGAACAACAACAGCACUGCGAGACUGCUUCAUCCAUAUCCGAUCAAAACCACCGGAGAAUCUCCACCGCCCUACGGCCCUGGAACAUAACAGACGAAAUGAUCGGCGCCACAGUUCCCAGGAAGGCUCGUUCAGCUACUGUGAAAAGAGCGCAUGAGAGUUGGAUGGAGGAGCAGAGUUUUCAGAGUGCUGAAACGGCAUCGCCUUCGUCUUCCAAUGUUUCUCUUCGGAAGAAGAUGAAAUCGAUUGAACCCAAGACUCGCUUUCUGAAGACGACGGGGUCUUCUUCAACUCAAGAAGACAUCGAGAUUGAGAUAGCUGAGCUUCUGUACGGUUUAAGGACUUCUAAGAACCACGAGUCUUCCUCGCAAAAGCUUGAAGCUAGCGAUUCGCAUCCUUCAACGGAUGCUGAGGAAAAGAAAGGGGAAAACUACAGUUCUUCUGCUCCAGCUCCGAACAAUUCAACGGCCGAGUCUUUCAGAAUUGAAAGUGAGCAACCUGCGAAAAUGGAGAAACCUUCACCUGAAUCACCAAGUCGGUCGGGUUGUCAGGGUGAUAAUGCUUCUUGUCAUGAGAAUGAGUCAAAAGAGGACAUUAAGGAAGAAAAUUUGAAUUCAGGUGUUGGAUGUGGCGAUACUGCAGAUGGAAGAUCAGAACUCUUCUCAGUGGAAUCACCAUCAUGCUCCAAGUCCAAGUUGGAUGUGGAUAAACAGGAUUCUACUUCUACCAGAGUGAUGUGUGCUGUUCCGGGGGCCAACAUGCAACGUGUGGACAAGUUUGAGAUUGAUCUGAUGGCUCCUCCUCCUAUGACCCUAUCCCCAGAAAGGGAUAGCUUGUCAAGGGGUGAAGACAAGAUGGUGGAAAGACUCGUUGAGAAAGAGAAAACGCAGGAAGAAAUUGAAGAGGUGCAGAUAAAAUUUGAUUUGGAGAAGCCAAACAAACAUAAAGACAUAGCUACGAACAAUGAAUUAGAAGAGGAGGAUAGGAAUAAGGAGGAACAACCUACUACAUCGAGAAAUUCCAAAGUGGAGAAAACUGUUCAAUCUAGUUCGAUGCCUUUGUCAACAACUGUAUCAGAACAGCCAUGCAGUCUCUCUCUUGGAUACCUGCCGCCCUUGGAGACAGUUGUGAAGACGGAAAAAACCACAGGAUCAUCGACAGCCCCACAGCAUGUGAAUUUGGUUCUCUCUCAACCUCGACCAAAGAGAUGUGCAACCCAUCAUCACAUUGCUCGCAACAUAUUCAUGCACCAGCAGUGUACAAAGGUGAACCCCUUUUUGCAAUCAGCUAUUGGCUAUAGUUCUGUGUGUGACACAAAGCCCAAAAAUGUCAUUCGAAUGAACUCUGCUGAAAGUGUGGUUGUCGGAAAGCAGUCUCAAAAACACUCCCCAGGUAUGAACCAAAAUGCUGCACAAGAGAAGGGUUGGGCCGCCACAGGUGAUUAUAAUUACAGUCUUGAUGCAAUUAAAAGUUCCGUUCCUACCAACCCAGUGGAUUCAACACAAAUGAAGCAGCUUGUUUUUCGGCAAGGUCCGCAUCCAGAGUCAUCUGAUAAUUUGGUGCAUGGUCCUGCUUUCCUGUUUCCACUGGGCCAACAUCAAGCAUCAGUAACAACAGCUACUAGUCAGGCAGGUGGUGUGAAUUGCACCAGCAGUGCUUCCUCAUCUAAUAAAUCCCAUAGUUCAGGUGCUGGAUCUCUUGGUACCUCAUCACUGCCAGCAAUUGGUGCUGCAAUGAGCUUUAGCUACCCAAAUUUGGCAGCCAAUGAUGUUUCAUAUAUGACAGUAGUUCAGAAUAACGGGUAUCCAUUCCCCUUUUCAACUCAUCUUGGAACAUCUGCAGCAAUCAAAGGUGCAAGCCCUGCGCCAGCAACUCCCGUACUCAGUGGGCCUUUGUACUCUUCUCAAAUGUUCUAUCCUCUUCAGCAUCCACAACAGCAUCCUCAUUCCAAAGCACUGGUUCAACCAAGUUAUCCUAAUGCAAGCACUACAGGUGUUUCGUCAUCAUCUCAUAAGCAGUCACAGGGGACUCAAGUUAAUGGCAGCAAUAUUUUGACCUCUACAGCUAUGCCACUACAACAGCCAGCAAAGCAGCAUACAUCACUGUCUCAUUCUCACAAUCACGAGACUGGGAUGGCCGGACAGAAUGUCUCAUCUGUUGCUAGUGGAAUGGCUUACUCCCAAAAGAAUGUGUUUGGGCAGAACUUCCCGAUUCCAGUUCAGCCACCGAACCUUUCUUUUAGGCAAUCUGCAAAAUCGGAUAGUGUUGGCAGCAACAGUGGAAAUUUUAGUGAUAGACAGCAACAGCAAGAGGCUUUAAAGGGGGGAGUUGAACGAAUACCAUCUCAAGCAUUUGCAAUAUCAUUUGCUGCAUUUAAUGGGACCAGUGUUCCUUCAAAUCUUAACUUCUCGGCCAUGACACAGAACCCAGUGAUAUUUCAGAGCCUGCCUGAUAUUGCAUGGCAAGGAUAUCAAGCUGCAAGUACAUCUCAUACUACUCAGCCAAAGAUAUAUUCUCUUACCGAAGGGAAGAGUGGAGGUGAUUCUUCCCAUCAAGAUGAUGAAAAGAAAGCCACUUCUGGGAAGCCGUCAACCAGUGGCCCAACGACCCUUGUUUUUGAUAAUUCAUCAAAGAAUCUUAACUUUGUAUCAUCUCCUAUGAAUGGAAGCUGGCCUAGUCGUUCCAUAACUUCAACUGCAACAACCACAAGUUUGCCUCUUUCUGGUAAUGCUUCAAAUUCUCAACAGUCACCACAGCUGCUUCAUCUUCAGCAGCAGCAGCAUGGUAUGUUACAGCAGCAAUCUGCUAUGGCUACUCGAUAUAAAGCAUCAUCAACUAAUGCUACUGCAGCUACGAAAAUUUUAAAUAGUUUCCCAGUUUUCUCACCAAAUCAAACUCAGUGCAAAAGUUCUAAUCAAGCUUCUCAGUCUAAGAACUCGGGAAGAACCCCAGAUUCUCAGAUUCUUAACACAUCUAUUGUAACAUCUACUACCCCAACCCUCAAAAGUUUUUCUCAGGAGCAAGGAAGAGUUUUACAGGGUCAAACGCAAAUAUCUUUUGGGGGAAAUUACAUGUCAUCCCUGCCACCCCAUGGGCAACAGCUACUCAGUAACAACCAGCCUUUUGGUACAACAGUUGCAGGAACUCCACCUAAUGGGGGCAACUUGAAUAUAAAUCCCCAGGGAAGCAAAGUUUGUUCAUCAAUGAACACUUCACAGAUGCAUCAAUCUAAGAAUUCUUCUGCUGGGACUGGCCAAAAAUCUUCCCCCGUUUGUGGGAGAAAUGUCCCAUCGAUCUUGAGCGCAUGCCCUAGUCACUUACCUGAAAUGAAGUAUUAGAAAUCAAAUAGUAUACUGCAACAAUACAAAAGGAUUUCUCUGCAAUCGGCACGCCUGAAAGUCCCUUGUAUGGCUUGCAGUAGUCAAUAGCAAUUUCCAAAAGAGCGAAACAUUGAGGGCAAACGUUUUGGUUUGGGAGCUUAUACGAUUAUAUCCCUCUUGGGGAGGUGCAUAUGCUGGGGGUGCUGGUAUAUUAGUUUGCAGUUAUUUUCUUUUUAAAGGGUGGCAAUAAUAUACGAGACAAGUGAACACAACUUUGAUGUUGGUACGUACUCUCAUGUGAUAUUCAUUCUUGAGAUAGGACCGGUGCUGCCACUUUUGCUGGUGUGCUCCUAAUGAAAGGAACUAGGUAUCCAUUGGGCCCACAGUUUUGAAAACGAAGUAGGGACUACUAUCUUGUCAUACCUUCUGGAAGGCUAUUACAGGUUCACGUGGUCUAAUUAUUAUUUCAGGCGUUAAAUUCAAUUCUGAUCUGU